AUGGAGAAUUUCAUCACCGACAUCCUGUUGUCAAGCUAUAUGGAGAUCCUCAAUCGCUCACAGCCCAUCGAGCUCAGGCUAUGGUUCCCUCCCAGGUCCAGCAGAACAGAAUCCACGGAUGAUGGCACACGUCACGGACAACGGGACGGUUUCGAAGCUUUCGCAGCGACCAAUGGAGUGAAACAGGACUGUGUCCUCGCGGCUUCUCUCUUCAGUCUCUUGUUCUCUGUCGUGCUGGUGGAUGUCUACCGUGACGAGUGCCCUGUGAUUUGCAUCGCCUACAGAACUGACAGGCAUAUCCUCAACCUCCGACGUAUGCAGGCCCCCACACGCACUUUUACGGCCACAGUACACGACCUGCUCUUCGCGGAAGACUGUGCGCUCAAUACCACGAGAGAAGAGGACAUGUAA